AUGGCUAGUCUACUGUGGCUUACUUACUUUUUCUACUUCCUUUUCUUUCACUUGCAUUUCCAAGCCGAUUCUUCUCUACCUUUUUCUUUCAAUUCCUCAUCUGCAGCCAAGCCGUGCCAACAUGACCAGAGUCUUGCCUUGCUCCAACUCAAGAAAACCUUUUCCAUUAGAAAUAAUGCCUCUCCCUGGGAUUUCCCUUACCCCAGGCCUUAUCCCAAAACAGAAUCUUGGAAAGAGGGCACAGAUUGCUGCUUGUGGGAUGGGGUCACUUGCGACAUAGAAACGGGUAACGUAAUAGGCCUUAACCUUUCUACCAGCUUGCUUUAUGGUACCAUCCAUUCUAAUAAUGCUAUUUUCUUCCUUCCUCAUCUCCAAAAGCUUGACCUUUCUAACAAUCAUUUCAACAAAUCUCAAAUUGUACCUCAGUUUGGCCAAUUUUUGAAUUUAACAUAUCUUAACCUAAAUUACUCUGUUUUUGAGGGCCAAAUUCCACUAGAAAUGUCUUAUCUUUCUGGUUUGGUAUCUCUUGAUCUUUCAAGGAAUCAUGAUUUGAUACUCAAAGCCUCUGUUUUUAACUUGCUCGUUCAAAACCUAACCCAGUUACAAGAAUUGGACUUGAGUGGUGUAAACAUGUCUUUGGUUGCACCUAGUUCCUUAAUGAAUUUGUCUUUUUCUUUGACAUCUCUCAAUCUCCAUUCUUGUUCAUUGAAAGGGAAAUUCCCAGAUAUCAGUCAUUUAUCUGAAUUGGUUUCACUUGAUCUUUCUAAGAACUAUAAUUUGAUACUUGAAACCUCUAUUUUUAACGAGCUUGUUAAAAACCUAACCCAGUUACAGCAAUUGGACUUGAGUGAAUUAAACAUGUCCUUAGUCGCGCCUAGUUCCUUGAUGAAUUUGUCUUCUUCUUUGACAUCUCUCAAACUCCAUUAUUGUGCAUUGAAAGGGAAAUUCCCACAUAUCAAUCAUCUAUCUGAAUUGGUUUCACUUGAUUUUUUUGCAAACUAUGAUUUGAUGAUAGAAACCACUUGUUUUAAGAAGCUUUUUCAAAACCUAACCCAAUUACAGGAAGUGGACUUGAGUGGUGUAAACAUGUCUUUGGUUGCGCCUAGUUCCUUGAUGAAUUUGUCUUCUUCUUUGACAUCUCUCAAACUCAGCGAAUGCCAAUUGCAAGGGAAAUUCCCAGAUGUCAGUCAUCUAUCCAAAUUAGUUUCAUUGGACCUCUCCUGUAACAAUUUUAAUGGUGAGAUUCCCUCCUCAUUUGAAAACCUUAAACAGCUUGAUAGUUUGCACCUCCACAACAACAAUCUCAGUGGUCAAAUUCCAUCCUCACUUGGAAGCCUUAAGCGACUCUUUUCAUUGGACCUCUCCUAUAACAAUUUUAAUGGUGGGAUUCCCUCCUCAUUUGAAAACCUUAAACAACUUGGAGACAUGUACCUCAUCAACAACAAUAUCAGUGGUCAAAUUCCAUCCUCACUUGGAAGCCUUAAGCGACUCUUUUCAUUGGACCUCUCCUAUAACAAUUUUAAUGGUGAGAUUCCCUCCUCAUUUGAAAACCUUAAACAACUUGGAGACAUGUACCUCAUCAACAACAAUCUCAGUGGUCAAAUUCCAUCCUCACUUGGAAGCCUUAAAGAACUUUAUUCUUUGGAUCUCUCCUAUAACAAUUUUAAUGGUGAGAUUCCCUCCUCAUUUGAAAACCUUAAACAUCUUCUAAGUUUGGACCUCAGCAACAACAAUCUCAGUGGUCAAAUUUCAUCCUCACUUGCGAGGCUUAAAGACGUCUUAUCAUUGGAUCUCUCCGAUAACAAUUUUGAAGGUCCCAUCACUUUCCAAGGAAGCAGGCUCUCAAGUUUAGUAUACCUCGAUUUAUCCAACAACUUGUUACAUGGCCGAAUUCCAAGUUCAAUUUUCAAACUUGUGAACUUGAGUGUUCUCAUUCUUUCAUCCAACAAAUUGAUAAGAGAAGUCUCUUCUGCAGUUUGCGAGUUAAAUUCUCUUGAAAUUCUUGACCUGUCAAACAAUAGUUUGAACGGCUUCAUGCCACAAUGUUUGGGAAAUUUCAGCAACAAUCUUUCAGUAUUGCACUUGGGCAUGAACAAAUUCCAUGGAACCAUCCUUGAAACGUUUUCUAUAGGCAGCAACUUGAGAUAUUUGAACUUCAAUGGUAACCAAUUGCAAGGUAGAAUCCCACCUUCCAUCUCCAAUUGUAUAAAUUUGGAAAUUUUAGAUCUCGGAAACAAUAAUAUAGAUGACACAUUCCCCCAUUUUCUGGAAACACUUUCGAAGCUACAAAUUCUAAUUCUAAAAUGCAAUAGAUUUCAUGGUUUGGUGAAAGGGACCUCUGCCAAUUAUUCAUUCUCAAAGCUGCGAAUUUUUGACCUCUCCAACAACACGUUUAGCGGACCUUUACCUGCGGAGUAUUUCAAUAAUUUCAAGGCAAUGAUGAUCUUUGAUUUGAAUAUGAAAUACAUGGGGGCACCAAAUCAUUCCUCUUAUGAUUAUUCUGUGAGUCUGACUCUCAAAGGCUUAGAGAUUGAGUUGGUGAAAAUCCAAACACUUCUUACAUCCAUUGAUUUGUCGGGCAAUAAAUUCACAGGGGAGAUCCCACAGUCAAUUGGAAAACUUAAAUCACUUAAGUUGCUCAACCUGUCUCACAAUCAACUCACAGGCAAUAUUCAACCAUCAUUGGGGAAUUUGAGCAAUUUGGAAUCAUUAGACCUCUCUUCAAAUCUUCUUGUUGGAAGGAUUCCAAUGCAAUUGACAUAUUUGACAUUUUUGGAAGUGUUUCGGGUUUCAUAUAAUCAACUUGAAGGACCUAUACCCGUAGGAAAGCAGUUCAACACAUUUGAUAACACUUCAUAUGAAGGAAAUUUGGGAUUGUGUGGAUUUCCGCUAGAAAAAUGUGACAAUGGGGAGAGGCAACAACCAACAUCAUCAAAAGAAAUUGAUUCCAAGUCUAAAAAUGGAUUUGGAUGGAAAGCUGUAUUGGCAGGGUAUGGAUGUGGAGUAAUAUUUGGUGUUGUAAUGGGAUAUGUUGUGUUUAAAACAAGAAAACCUAUAUGGUUUGUGAGGAUGGUUGAAGGUGAAGGGCGUCGAAAGCUAAAAAGAUUUAGCAAUUAA